AUGAGCAAUUCUCCUUUUCACCCGCCAACCUCGAUACCCCAUGAUGGCUUCAAUCCCCCCUCGACGGCAAGAUCUGAGAAUCUAAACUUAACCCCAAGCUCGAGCUGUCCGUCCGAGAUUCGACCCGACGCCCAACGCAACGCACCAGCUUUUGUUCCAGAUGACGAGUUAGCCUUAGCAGCCAAUCCUCCGCUGCCUCCUAUCAGCUUCCAGGCUACAACCAUUGCUCCAUCGCCUCCAAUUCAGUCUACUCCAUUUGAAGAUGCCGGCCAUCGAGCUUCUCCUUCAAUCUACCACCGCGAAUCUCCCACUGGCCAUACAAGUCUCUCACCCAUUCGCAUCCCUACGCCCUUGAAUCACAAGUCGUCUUCUAGCAGCAUACGCCUUCUGACGCGAACCCCGAGUCUCAAAGCCGCUCUCGCGCAUUCAAUUGGAUCUGCUAGCGGUACUAGCAGUGUUAUUUCAAGUCCCAUGAUUACAGCAAUGGGCGACGUGACGCCAUUGCCGAGUCCACUCUUAUCAGGAGAAUCCCCUGGACCGUGGCGGAGGCUGGCAGUGGGCUCUGUGUCCCCGCCUCAACACCGAAGUCUAUUGAGCAGUGUUGGAGAGGAUUUGCCUACUAUGGGGGCUCCAGUUGGUCCAAUGAAGAACCAGAAUGCCUCAGCCUCUUCCUCAAGGCGCAAGGCAUAUGCCAGCCUAACAGAAAGCAACGAGGCUAGCCAAACUUUACCCAAACCCGCACAACAACAUCUGCCUCAAUCUGAAUCUCAACCUCACACAAGGAACCGGAGCCUCAGCGAAUAUACUCAGCCGGAUCCCACAGCCAUUCCAAAGAGAAUUGUCUCCGUGUCUGGGCCUCAUGCCAAGCCUGAUACUCAAGGUCCCCAGAUGAGGAGAGAACAAAACCUAGCAGAGUCCCGCGGCCUGUCUCCCAACGUUGCGAAGCCGCCGACGCCUCCUCCUAGCGAGAGUUCCAGGGACUCGACCGACGCCGCCGCAACCUCACGAUACGAGUAUUUUGAAGCCUUUGACCGGCAUGAUCGAAAACGUAGGCGCUGGCGCUCAGUGCGAACUGUGGGUCAGGGCACAUUUAGCAGAGUCGUAUUGGCUACCAGUCAGAUGGAUCAGCCUAAGCAUCUCUCUGCCGAUUUAGGAAGUACAACCAUGACUGAUCCCCCACUUGAUCGGAAAACAUUGGUUGCCAUCAAGGUUUGCGAGCAUGGUCCUCAGGGGGGAGCCAGUGAAGAGCGUGUUGAGAUGAGUCUCAAGCGAGAGUUGGAAAUCAUGCAGAGCAUUCGUCAUCCUAGCCUGGUUAACCUCAUGGCGUGGAGCAUAGAACCUACCAGGGCCAUUCUUGUCCUGACCUAUUGUCCUGGAGGAGACCUGUUUGAUGUUGCUACAGCCCACCGAAAGCUCUUGACACCGCCUUUGAUGAGACGAAUCUUUGCCGAAUUGGUCGGUGCUGUGAAAUAUCUCCAUGAGCAAAUGAUUGUUCAUCGCGAUAUCAAGCUAGAGAACGUCCUUGUCAAUCUUACACCCAACGAACUUGCAGAUCCAUCAGUCGAUUGGACGACAUACCCGCAUUCAGUAAUAGCAUUGGCUGACCUGGGCCUAUCAAGACGGAUUGCAGAGGACGAGAAGCUCGAGACACGCUGCGGAUCUGAAGAUUAUGCUGCUCCAGAGGUUAUCAUGGGCCAACCUUACGACGGUCGUGCUACCGACGCAUGGUCGCUUGGUGUGCUACUCUAUGCCCUGCUCGAAUCUCGACUCCCGUUUGAUCCUCCUCCGGGGAUGAACGACUCUCAUAGGAUGCGUAGUCGAAAGAGCCACCGGAUAGCAAGAGGCGAAUGGCGUUGGAUCGAGUAUGGCGAGAGGGGUUUACUGGACGCCAUGAAUAUCACAGAGGGUCUUCUCAAGCGUGCGCGAAGUCGCUGGACAUUACAGCAAGUAUUGGCCACGCAAUGGGUGCAAGGCGGCAUCGCCGUUGAUGGUGGCAUCCGCUUCAGAGAAGAAGCUGGAGGGGCUGAAGUGUGCUGA